AUAAAAAAGAAUGGACGAGCAUAUUAGCAAAGAAGAAAAGAAGAAGAAAGCACAUCGAAGACGAGAUAAAUUUUGGAAAUUCAUUUUUCCUCACUCGAAAUCGACAGAAUUCAUCCAACCCACAGAGAAGAAACGUACAGCAGAUCAAUUAGAAAAGAUCACUUCACUGUCAAAAUACGGUAACCAUAAUUUCUCGGUCACCCUCGACCCAGAAUUAUACGAAAGUAUUUUGGAACACAACGAAUGGGAUUACAAAAAGGCCAUGAUCGACCUAAUUGAUUACGAAGAGGCUUCCCAUGGUAUACUCAAAGAACCUCCCACCUCUAGCAACAUUAAACUUUUAGGUGCCGAAAACGACGGUGGCACAUCAUGUUAUAUCGACGCAUUGCUCUUUGCAAUGUACAUUUCAAAUACCACAUUCGAUCCUUUACUCACUUAUGAUAUUCCCGUGGAGAACGAAUCAAAGAUAAAACUUCAAACUCUUAUGAGACUCUUUGUCAAUAAAUUACGAAAAGGCCACUUCAUUAAUGCCGAUUUCGUUCAUUGGUUUCGAAAAGUGCUACAGGAAGCUGACUGGGUCUGUGAAGACACAGGGGGUCACUGGACUCAAGGUGAUUCAAGUGAGCUCUUUAUGUUUAUCACUGAAACUUUCGAACUACCUUAUCUCCCUUUCCAAGUCAGACUAUUUCAUGGCGCCAAUAAAGAUACCAGUGAUGACCGAGUAACCACCGAACGUACACUUUCACUCUCAAUUCCUAAAGCAGCUGACAAUGACGAGAUGAACGAGAAUAUCCAAUUACAAGAUAUAUUGGUGGAUUGUUUUUAUAAUAGUAUCAUCACCGAUGUUCAACGUCAAGUGAGUUACGAACACAGCAUUCUUGAAAAUGUUGCGUCUUCUCCUUCCAUUGGCACUGUACUCCAAGACACCAUGAAACUCGAAAAAGAUCCUAAAGCCAUUGUGUCAGAGCCACAACCUCAAGGAGAACAAGAAAUUGCCGUCACUGCAUGGCAAGUAUUGGAGUUAUUACCUUUUUAUAGUGGUAUCAGUGAAAGUGGUAAUACCAUUGAUACGCAAUUUAAUUCAUCUUUUCCCGAUACCCACAUGAUAUUACCCAUUGUCUUGAAAAGGUAUGAAUAUGACGCUUGUGGUGGCACAACCAAAUUAAAACGAAGGGUUGAAAUCCCCAUCACCAUCGAUUUCAAUAAAUUCAUUAACCAAAACGCUGACGAUCCCAUGUGCCCUACCUGUGGUCAUUUAGUCGACUGGACAUUACAUUUUAAAAGCGCUGUGUGCCAUAAAGGUGAUUCAUUAAAUAGCGGACAUUAUAUAUCCUAUGCAAGAAUGGAAGAUGCGGAAGGAGAGACUUACUGGUUAAAAUUUGAUGAUAUGAAUCGAGAUAGUAGGGUAUCUGUGCUGGGGCAAACUACUGGCAUGUUCGAAGAUCUUUCCCAAAACGCAUAUAUUAUUUUUUACGAACUGGAUAAGACAUGUCAUCAUGGAUCAUUAACGUCAGAUGACAGUGAUGACGAAGUUAGUAGAAAGGAUGAUGAUUUUAAAUCAACACACUCGACAUCAACAACACCAGUCCAAGAAGAUGAACCUUGUCAAUGUAAAAAUGAUGGCAAAAGGAAACAUAAACAUAAGCACCGCCAUAAUCGGGAUAAAUACCACUUGGCAGAAAACUGUAGUUUAAUGUAAUACGAGCAAUGCACGCUUGUUCCAAUGACAUGCAUAAUAGCUUUGUUUGGUAACAUUAAAACCAACUGGAGAAAAAAAAAGUAUUUUAUUAAAUAGAAGUUAC